AUUGAAACAACGUUGCAUGUAGCUACAAUGUUUCGCUUGUAAAAAAAAACUUAACUCCAAAUUUGUCAUGUUUUUAAUUGCAUUUACUGCAAACUUUUCCACAUUAUGGUGGUCAAAUCUCAAUCUCCAACUCCAUAAAUUGUUGUUUCUCUCUCUUUUCAUUCUUCAUCUCCAAUUCUGAAUCUCUCUUCCACCAUCUUCACUCUUUCACAAUUUCCCAAUGGGUGGUGUCGUUGAAUAUGAAGAAUCAGCCACUCAACCACCGAAAACCACAAAAACUUCAUCACUUGUCCGAUACAAUUCGCCUCUUUCACAAAUCAUCCUUAUUGGAUUGGUUUGUUUUUGUUGUCCAGGCAUGUUCAAUGCUCUUUCAGGAAUGGGUGGUGGUGGUCAAGUCAAUGCAACAGCUUCUAACAACGCCUUAACCGCACUUUACACAAGCUUCACAAUUUUCGGAAUCCUAGGUGGUGGCAUCUACAACAUCCUCGGACCCCACUUAACUCUUUUCGCAGGUUGUUCCUCCUAUGUCCUUUACACCGGUUCAUUCCUCUACUACAAUCAUAAACAACAUCAAGCUUUUGCUGUAGUUUCCGGCGCUGUUCUCGGCAUCGGAGCUGGACUAUUAUGGUCUGCCCAAGGUGCUAUUAUGACAUCUUAUCCACCCAUGAAUCGUAAAGGAACUUACAUUUCAAUUUUCUGGAGUAUUUUCAAUAUGGGUGGGGUUAUUGGUGGUUUAAUUCCUUUUAUUCUUAAUUACAAUCGUGGUGAUCAAGCUGCUACGGUUAACGAUGGCACUUAUAUUGGUUUUAUGGCUUUUAUGUCACUAGGGACUGUUUUGUCUCUGACAAUUUUACCAGCCAGUAAAGUUGUUCGUGAUGAUGGAACAAAGUGUACAAAUAUGUUGUACUCAAAUGUUGCAACCGAGUGUGUGGAGAUUCUCAAACUGUUCUACAAUUGGAGGAUGCUUCUUAUAAUUCCUGCUGCUUGGUCUAGUAAUUUUUUUUACACAUAUCAAUUUAAUCAUGUUAAUAAGACACAGUUUAGUUUGAGAACAAGAGGGUUGAACAAUGUGUUUUAUUGGGGAGCACAAAUGAUAGGGUCAAUUGGGAUUGGUUACACAAUGGAUUUCAGUUUCAAGAGUAGAAAGAAAAGAGGGAUUGUGGGAAUUAGUGUGGUUGCUGUUCUUGGAUCUAUUAUAUGGGGUGGUGCAUUGGCUAAUCAGAUUAAACAUAAACAUGGCAAGGUCUUGGAUUUUAAGGAGUCUGGUUCUGAUUUUGCUGGUCCUUUUGUUUUGUAUUUUUCUUUUGGGUUGUUGGAUGCUAUGUUUCAGAGUAUGGUUUAUUGGUCCAUUGGAGCAUUAGCUAAUGACUCUGAAGUUCUUAGCAGGUAUACAGGGUUCUAUAAAGGGAUACAGAGUGCGGGGGCUGCAGUUGCAUGGCAAAUUGAUAACCACAAUGUAUCUCCAAUGACACAGUUGAUUGUGAAUUGGGUGCUCACUACACUAAGCUAUCCGUUAUUGUUGGUUUUAAUGAUUUUGGUUGUGAAAGAGGACAAUAACGAUGAAGAGAAAUGAUAAUAGUCUGUAAUAUAAUGUUUUUAGCAGUAUUUAGAGUCAUUCUAACAGGUUUUUAACUGUUUUAGUUGAGUUUGUGUAAAUAAUAUAAUGCAUGAGUAUGGAAUAACUAUUAGGCAUACAAGACCUUUAAACA